ACAAGAUAAGACGGAUGUAUAGCCAGGCAACUCCAAAAAAUGGCUCUCUUUUCGAGUCCAUAAACCUAGCAUCCACCAUAAAUGACACAAAUAUGCACAGAACACCUCUAAGAAUGCCUCCUGACCUCGAAUCGGUGUCAGGGACAUCAGAUGAUGAGGAAUUAGAUCCCACAGAGUUUCUCUCUUCAGAUUCCCCCGAACUCCUAAAACAACCUCACAAUCAAAAAAACGUCAUAGAUCCCAUACCAGAGACUUCGGGGGGAGAGCAGUUGUCCGGUUUAAGCCCCCAAAGCUCUAGCUCCGAGCCGGUUCUAACUGAUACUAUCCAUAAAUCAAUGCUGAUGCUCGACUCAGUCAUUCAGGAUUCCCUCGUUGACAGCCUCAGCAUCCACCUCCCUACUCACAAUGGUCAGUACGAUUCGGAUUCGGAAUCCCCAAUUCAACAUCUCCAACAGAAUUUUGAUAGGCUCCAGGGCGAACUACGCAGUAAUAUUGUCCUUCACAAGCUGGCGCUUGAAAAAGGGAGCGAUAGUCUUAAUAGGCUUCGAGACACCAUUGCCGACAAUUUGCACCUGUUAUCAGAAAUUCAGUAUUCGUUGAACGAGCUCUACCAGAGAGAAUCUGCUCGGAACAAAGAGUUGUGCAACAGGUUCAUUAAAUGGGAUGAGAAACGAAGGAAGUUGCUUGCGAAGAUUCAGUAUAUUAAAAGCGAUAAAAAUAGCUUCGGGAUCAAACUUCUGGGGCUUUUGGACGAGUCCACUAGCUUGGAUUCGGAAAUCAUGGAAUAUGAAGCCAAACUUCUAAGUUUAAAGGCGAAGAGAAAGAUUCUUCAGACUGAAAUUGAAGAUACAAGCUCAGUCUUAGAAAGUAGAACAUCCUUAUUCGUGAAGGCUUUUAAGGAGUUGGACCGCAAUGGUGAAGUUGCAGUCCUUGCUGCUUUAAGGCAGAAUGGGCUUACUGACGAAAAGGCUAAUGUUCUUUUGAAGAAGAUUGCCGUUGAUGUUACAUUUGUCAAACACUAUGAGAAGAAGCUUGAGCAAAGCGUAAGAGUAAAUAGGUCUUCACCUUCCAAGCCUUCCCUGGAAAAGGCCACUACGAUUAUACAAGAUAAGCCCAACAGAAUUGAAGUGCAAGCAUACGAACCACCAACAAGUCAGAUGGGAAUGCAGGCAUAUGAUCCUGGAGUCCAAGAGUAUGAACCUCCAGCUCACCCUCCAAUCCAACGUCCGUACACUGCCAACAGAAACUCCAGUGAUCCGUACGAUAAAGGGUUUCUGAGAGGGUUUGAGCAGUCUGAAAAGUUCAAACUGCAGCUUCAACAUAUCUAUGAGCAGUACAUCAAACCACUACUUGAGCAAAGAGACAGAGAAAAGGGAUAUAGAUCUUUAAAAGUUGAUGACAACGAAAAUACAGUAACUUCCAAGAUUGAUCUUGUUCCUAUUUUGGAGUUCUUAGAGCACAAAGUGGAUGCUUACUCGGAGUUAUCGAACAAAACCGGCAAGUUGUCAACAAUUUACCACCAAUACUCUUCAUGUUGGAAGGAUGUUUGUAGCUCGAUUAGAAAACGGGAAAAUGAUCUUCAAGCAAGCAUUUUUGGCCAAAGAGAAGAUGUGGAAAGUGCAAUCAGCAGCAUUUUGAAGUCGACCCUCGAUGAUCUUCUUCUAUCAGCCGAAUACUCCAGUAAUAUCUCGUCUGAUCCCGAAAGCCCAUUGAAGAGGUUGAUACUCCAUGAGGUAAAUGCGUUACUUAGUGCCCUUUCAAUUGUACCCUCAGUUCAAGAAAGUCAGGUAAAAGACUUUAAAGAAAGAUUCGAGUCCAAGGGCAUUUCGAAGACCAGGAGGAAAGACCCUCCUUCAUACACUCAAAAUUUGACUCAGUCGAUAUCGGAAUCAGAUUACUUGUACAACGUGAGUAGAAAUGCAAUUGAGCACAAAGUCAUCGAUAAGACCAAAACUCACAAAGUUCUUUCAAAGAAGCAGAGUAACAAGAGCCUUAAUGGCAAGCUGUUUAAAGGUGAAUAAAGGAAAAUAGUAUGUAUUAUAUAAUUUAAUCUCUCCUUCUUUUAAUAAAAAUGCUGCUUCCCUUGUUUUUCUUUGGAUUGUACUUACCCCCAGGUUUUGGAGGUAAAGUUCCAGAGCUUGUUGGGAGAGGUUUUUUGUCCUGACCAUUGUUGGUCAGUGAGUUGAUAUGAUUAUUAUAGUCAUUUCCAAGUCCUUGAGGUCCAGAGGCGUUUGAUUUGUUUCCAUAUCCUUUGGGUUCCCUAGGCACAUCUGAGUUAUCUCCAGUAUUCUGAGCAUCAGUUUGGUUCUGUUGGGGAUUUUUGUGGUCAGAUUUCCAUUGGGAGAACGACUUUUUAAGCUUUAUGGAUUCGGAUGACGCUUGGUAUUCGGACAUCCGAGAACUACCUUCUGUAUCGUUACUGUCAUUGGACUCAAGGCUAGUGUUGGCUUCUGUGUUUGGCUCUACAAAUGAAACCUUUUUGAGCUUCUUCUUGGACUUUUCAGAUCCAUCCAGUUGUCUUUUUUUGUUGGUUUCAGCCGGUUUUACCGAAAAAUCUUGGGGUUCAUUGUUUGAUCUAGCAGGAGUGUUGAUUUGGCUGACAUUAACCAAUUCCUUCUUUAGAAACCCAGGAUAUGCUUUUGUGACCUCUUGUCUCAGUCUCGCAUCUUCUAUCAAGUUCUUCCAGUUCUUGUUCCUGGUCAACGAUGCUGCAUUACCCAAGAUCCAAAGGGACGACUUGGCACGAGUUAAAGCAACAUUCAUACGACGAACAUCGCUCAAAAACCCAACUCCACC